UCGAUCCGCGGCUAAAGGUGGUUUGGCGCGUGAGGCUCUUUCUUUGUCAAGUUUAGCUUUUUGUCCAGUCUUGGGACGCGGCGCGGCGCCUUGUGGAGGGGCUUUGUUCGGCAUUUCCUUGCUGCACCGACAGCCUCACUCUGCACUGGCAUGGCCUGCGAGAGCUGCUAGGCCUGUGGCGUCGCUCAAAGUUAUUUAUUUUUCCGUGUGCUAACCCACAAAACACUCAUUUGGAUCACUUUUGCAAUAAGGAAUUCCACAAAAAGUGAAGCAUACAAUAAAAAUGUUGUUGAGGGCAACGGCCUUGGUUUUCUGCCUGCUAGCCUUUGGCCACGCGGCCCAGUUCAACCUCACGGACAGCUGCAACCGCCCUCCGGAGGCAGACAAUGCUGCUCUGGCCGCCCUUUUACAGCUUGUGCCGCCGCUGCCGCCCCUUAAGAGCGAUAAUGACGAGUGUCGCCUUCACAGCCGCCUCUUCCACGAGGAGCUUCAAGAAAUGAAAAUGUGGGCACUCAAAAUGUACGACUCUAACAGCAAGAUUGGCUCGAGCCUGCUGAACGGAAAUUUGGUGCACUUGGGCGAUUUUGACCAGUGCGUGUCUGUCCUGCGGUCUCCAGAGCAAAUGGGUGGAGGACCCCGCGUUCGUGGCCGGUAUUGCGCCGUUUCCAUUUACCUCGAACCAGUCGGUUUACCAAAAAAGUGGCGCGAACUGCACUCGAUCAUCGACCUUAUGAAGUCGCACAGUGCCAUGAGCAACGAGCACCAAAAUAACGAUCUCCACCUGCCGACGUUCAGUCCGGUGCAACUCGGCUUCUGCAUCCCGGACAGUUGCGGCCACCAAGAUUUGGAAAAGAGCAUUUUGGAGUUUUUGAGACCGAUCAAUAUUACCUCCGGUAUUGAUUUCAAAGUCAAAAUUGGUGAAAAUUCGUGCCGAAAUGGGGAUGCUAAUUCAAUGGACAUCUGGACGGCAAUCACAGUUUUGUUUGUGGCGUCUCUUCUGCUGUUCGCUUUGAUUGGAACGCACCACGAGAAGGCGCACACUGCUGAAGAUGGUUCUUUGCUGCCCACGGCCACGAAAGGCACUUUCAAUCGACUGCUGCUGGCAUUUUCAUUUCGGCGAAACUGGCGCUCUUUAGUGGACACUGACGUGCCCGAAGACGAGCUGAGUUGUCUGCACGGCAUGCGAUUUAUUGCAUCCCUCAUGAUUUACAUAAUCCACAAAGUGGUUUUUAUUCUCUUCCAUCCCUUUUCAAAUCGCACAGACGUGGCAAAUCUCUUGGAGGGUGACUGGACCAUGAUUUUCCGCGCUUUUUGGAACUGGGUGGACGCGUUCGUCAUCAUGAGUGGACUUUUAACUUCAUUUUACGCAUUUAAAAAGCUGAAAGCUGGACAAAGAUUGAAUAUACCAAAAAUGUACUUCCAGAGAUACCUCAAAUUCACACCGAUGGUUUUCGUGUGGAGUUUAAUGCUUCAGAAUUUGAUGCAGCACCAAAUCUCUGGCCCAAAUUUGAUUAGAAUUGUUGGUCCUUACAUAGACAAUUGCAAACGGGGACUGCUGCCAGUAUUAACUUAUACGAGCGUGUUUGACGGGCUGAACAAAAUGUGCUACCCUCCUGCACAUCAACUGGUUACGGAUAUGCAUAUGUACAUAAUGGCUCCAUUUAUUAUGAUGGGGAUUUGGAAAUAUCCCAAGAAAGCACCGGCUGCUCUUCUUGCUGUUGUUGUUGCACUCGGCGCGAUGAAAUAUUCCACGGUGAUGAAAAACGAUCUUGGAUCGUUCUUAUUUUAUGGAAUGUCUACAGAGACGACGGUCAGGUCGGCAAACGCAAUUUACGUCAACGCCCUGCAUCGCCUGACCCCAUACUUGAUGGGCCUAAGUCUCGGCUACAUUCUGCAGAUAACCGAGUGCAAAAGGGUGCUGAGCAGGGUGCAAAUGGCAGCAGGAACUGCCAUCGCCAUCGGCUGCGCCACAUAUGCGAUGUUUGGAGUGUCCCACACGGCGAGAAAAGGAUACAUUUACCAAGUGUCGGAGGCCGCGGUUUUCGCCACUUUCCAGCCCCUCAUGUGGGGAUUCGCCCUCUGCUGGCUUGUUUACUGCUGUGCCACUAAACAAGCACCAUGUUGGCUCCGUCGAUUCUUGACGUGGCGAGGCUUUCUUGUCUAUUCGCGCCUCUCAUACGCUAUCUACCUCACACAAUUAUACGUGGUGGCAGUAAAUGUUGGAAAUGCAGUUGACGCCACCAGAUUUGGCGUCCACAGAAUUUUUGAUUUGAACGACAUUGCUUUGGUCGGAAUUAUUUCGUUGCUUAGCACAUUGAUUCUGCUUUUACCACUGCAAGACGUGUCAACGUUGAUAAGUGGGGGAUACAAGCCUCCUAAUUAUUCAAAGUACAUCAAACCUGUUGGCGAUCUUACAAAGGAAGUGAGCAGCUCAACCGAAUGCCUAGUUGAAGCUGUUGAAGAAUAAGGUGGACAAGAUUGCCAGUACUACUAUAGAAAAAAUCUUGCCACAAGAUAUGUAUAUUUUUUUACAAAUGACAUUCAGUGGUGUUGAACUGGGAUAUUUUUCAAUCUUUUCUGAUUGCUUUAAGAAGGAUUUUAAAAACUUGUAUUGUGCGUGGGAAAGAAACUUUCCUUCUCUGACUGAAUUAUCUAUUUACUUCACUAUUUUUAAGUUAAACGAAUGAAAAUUAAAUUAUAUAAAACACAAGUUAAGGUAUAAGGA